AAGAAGAAGAAGAGAGAGAGCAAGAACUGUACUUUACCCCCAAAAACAAAAAGUGUUCUGCCCAAACCAAUUCGGUGCUUGGUGGUGGUGUUUGGAUCAGGGUAGGUCGAGUGGGUCAGUUUCAUGGUUGUCUUGGACAACCCCAAUAAUAGAGACUAGAACCCAAUUUUUUUAUUUCAUAAAAAAUAAAAUAAAAUAAAAACUUAUUCAUGAUUGGAAUCAGCAAAACAAAUAAAAUUAAAGUGUGUACUUUACCCCAAAAAAAAAAAAUUUGCGGAGCUUGGUGGCGGUGUUCCAACCUUACCCAAAAAAAAAAAAAAAAAUUGCGGAGCCUUGUGGCGGUGUUCCAACUUCCUAUAUAUAUAGUUAUAUACACUUUAUAACCCUGCUGCUCCACACACAGUAUUGGGUUUUUGUAAAAGCAAAAACAUUGAAGAAUUUUUGCGUUCCUUUCAUGGCGAGAUUCAUGUCUUACCUCAUGUUGCUCAUGUUUUUGGUUAUGACGGAAGAGAUUCAUGGUGGGAAUUCCAGAUCCGAACUUGUUGAUGUGCCUACAGAAGAGCAACUAUCUGCGCUACAGAAAGAAGUCAUCAACCUUCAAAAGGAAGUCGACCAACUCGAUAGGAGCAAAAUCCAAGAAGUGAAGAGAGAAAUAGGGGAGUGGAAGGAAAAAUACUUUCAGAGUUGGGAUGAAGCGGUGAAGCUUCAAGACGAACUAUUUAAGUUGGUAAUUAAGAACUCUAAUCUUCAUCAAGGCUCUAGGAGGCUUUUGCGCUUAAGUGCGCUCAGCGCUUUUAACAACACUGUGACAGGGACACGCUCUUGGCAGUGCAUUGAGUGGAUGUCGGAGUUGCACAUGACGCAUUGGGUAGUGUUGUCGGCCUUGCAUGUGAUGGUCAUGGGAUUUGUUUGCACAACUCACAAGGUGGCUGCAGGUUGGCCAUGAAAAUCAGGGAAGUUUAUGUUGUUAUUCAACUCUUUCAAAUUCGUCAAAUAUGCCAAUUUUCCUUUUGGAUUUCUUGUUGAGUUAUGGGUGGUUGUAUCUUUAACACUCUUCUCGCCUCAAGUGUUCAUGGAUUGGUUGUGGUGGGUUGUAAUAAUGUUCUUAGAGAGAGAGAGAGAGAGAGAGAG